ACUGUAUUUAUUUAUGUUUCUGUACAUACGGUAAGAAUGUACUCUCUGAACUAUAUUAUAAGUGUUCUUAACUGAGACAGAUUGUAAUAUUUCUUAAUAAAAUGUUUAAAAAAAUAAAAAAGUAUGUGAUAUAGAAUGAUUAUAUACAUAUAUUACAGUAUAUUCUUAUAUUGUAUAUUCUGAAUAUGCGUUCUUUGAGAAUUUUUCUUAUAUUUUAAAUUGUGUAUUCAACCCUCGAGAAAUAUUUUAACCUUAUCUUCUUAUAAGCGCAAAUAGAAAAAAAUAUAGGAAUAAUAUGAAAUAGUGAGGGAUAUUUAUUCAUCUAUUAUUCAUAUGGUAGUUACCACUUCUUAUGUUUAUUCGCUCUUAUGAUUGUCGGUAAUAGAACUUCUUCAGAUGGGAAGAUCAUUUUCGCAUUUAUCAGAAGAAAUCUAACCACUGAGGAGAUGUAUCUGUGUGCGGUAUCACGUAGCCAUCUUUCUUUCACGGCCUCCUGUAUCCUGAAACCGCAGAGCUCCGGCCCGCCACCUAGGAUACGCGAGAAGAAACUGGAAGAGGAGGAGUUUGCAAAAAGACGCGAAGCCAUAAGACCGCAGCGUUCUCCAUCCACACCGCAGCCUCUUUGAUCCUUAUCGCCUUUGGAUAUUUGUGUCGAUAUUCAUAAGAAACAUUACACCGAGGAAUGUAUUAUAAUUUGCAAUAUCCAGUUUCCGAUGCAUUAUAAGAGCUUCUCUACUUCGCUGCAGUUUUGUUAUAAGCUAACUUUCAUUCAAUGAAUUAUAAAAAUUUAUUUAAAUUGAUUUUAUUUUAUUAUUUAGCCCAUUUGUAACUGCGCAGUAG